AUGAUGAACAUCAGCAGCAGGAGCAGGAGAAGUGGGGCCGAGACCUCCCAUGAAGAUGUUCUGCCUGAAGGCCCAGCCCCACUCAAUAUGAACCACUAUGUCAAUAAGAAGAGUGCAGCUGAGAGCAUGCUGGAUGUGGCUCUUCUGAUGGCAAACGCCUCCCAGCUGAAGGCAGUGCUGGAGCAGGGGCCGCGUAUUUCCUUCUUCACCCCCAUCAUCACCCUAAUCAGCAUCUCCCUCUGUCUGCAGGUCACAGUCGGGGUCCUGCUUAUCUUCAUAGUUCGAUGGAAUCUGAAUGAUGAACGAAAGCAUAGGAGGCUGGACACGAUGGAAAACUUGGUCACGAGCCUGGUUUUUAUCACCGUGGUGGUCAACAUCUUCAUCGCCGCCUUUGGAGUGAACCGGCCGACUGGCAACGACUGA